AUGCACGCCGAUAAAUGGAAUCCGAAUACUCAUUUGGCUGACAUAGUCAGAGCUAUUGUUGACGCUAUUGAUCAUCCUAAUACCGAUUAUGCAAUGAAUCAAGACAUACUUAAAGAGUAUAUGGAAAAUAGGACUGAAUACGAGCGUAAGGCAAGAGAAAUGAAGACACUUACAACCUAUGAAGAUUGGCCUAAAGCAAUAGUAACAAAACAAACGUAUAGCGAAUGUGCAUUCAUUCUUCGUGGCACAGAUAGAGGAAGACCAGCAUGGCAUUGUAUUCUUGUUCCUGCUAGCCAAAUUGCUGAUCUAAAUGCUCAUCCACAAAAUACAACGGCCGAUAUCACAAAAUUUGGUAGUAUAAUUCAAUAUCUUAAUAAUCGAGAUCAAAUUAUACUGACAUCUGGAUGGGGAAUAGAUCCACCCAGAAUGAUUCAAGAAUGGAUAGAAGAACAUUAUAGUAAGAAAAGGCCAAUUUUUUAA